AUGGGAAUUCUCUCAAAUUCCAUCGCAAACGACUCCAUCAUUACACCGGUGGGAUUCUACGUUAUUGGUUUCAGGGAUUUAAAGUUUGCAGAUGUAUAUUCUAUUUUCCUGAUUUUCGUUUAUAUUGUAACGGUUUUGUGUAACUCAUUUAUUGUUACCAUUAUAUGGAUGGAUCAUCGGCUACACACUCCAAAGUACAUCGCGGUGGCUAAUUUAGGCGUUGUUGAUUUGAUAUGCAGUACAUCCUUUAUUCCUAGUACAAUUAAGACUGUUUUCACGAGAGAUACCUUCGUGUCCUACAAUGCAUGUUUGACACAGAUUUUUUUCUAUAACGGUUUUACGUCAUUAGAGUCGAUUUCCCUCAGCGUCCUAUCAUAUGACAGGUUAAUUGUGAUAUGCUUCCCACUGAGGCAUAAUUCUAUUAACACCCCCACAAGCAUGAUCAGUAUUAUUGUAAUUCUUUGGUCUGUUUUUACCGGCGUCAUGGUGUUCAUAGUCUUCACGUUGACACAACUGUCUUAUUGUGCUUCGCUAACUGUGCAUCAAUUUGCCUGUGACUAUGUGGCCGUGUUUUAUCUAUCCUGCAAUGACAAUGCAUUGCAGUGGACCGCUGCCUCCACAAUCGCUAUACUGCUCACGUUUGGGCCGCUCAGUGUAAUUCUCCUGUCAUACGCCUGUAUUUUAAGAGCCCUGUUUAGAAUGAAAAGUGUGGAGAACAGGAGCAAAGCACAUGCAACGUGCACAGAACAUCUCAUUUUAGUGGCAAUUUUCUACGUGCCGACCAUAAUGCUGUACCUAAUUGAACUUUUCUCAUUCCAUGUCGAUGCAAAUGUAAAAAUGGUGAGCUUGUCAUUAGCUUCCUGCAUCCCGUCCUGUCUGAAUCCCAUUGUGUAUUCCCUGGCAACCAAAGAAAUCAGGAACAGAAUACUGGCUAUGCUCCAGAAAGUCAAAGUAGCAGUGUGGGCUGGACAGACAUAG